AUGCCCAUCCACGGUUACAUUAGUACAUUGAACAAUGUAAAUGUACAACUUGGAUGGAUAUCGUUGAUAUAUGAGGUGGAUAGAGUUGAGAAAGCGAUGAUCCGCAACAUGGACAAGCACGGUACCCGCGUGUGCCUGGACUCACCUGCAAAGCGGAGCGACUUGCACCGCCCUGCCGGGUUGUACCCGUGCCAUCAUCAAGGCGGCAAUCAGUACUGGAUGUUCAGCAAGAACGGCGAGAUUCGUCGCGAUGAAGCCUGUCUUGAUUACAGCGGCCAAGAUGUGAUCCUGUACCCUUGCCAUGGCGGUAAGGGUAAUCAAUACUGGCAGUACGACCCAAACAGCAAACUGCUGAAACACAUGAGCGGCGAGAAGUGUCUCGCUGUCAACCAGCAGCACUCCAAGCUCGUAAUGGAGUACUGCGACAGAAACAAUGACAGACAGAAGUGGCUGUUGGAAAACUAUGACGCUAGAAAACUCUCAUGAUGGACAAGGAAAAAAGUGGGGAAAAUGGAGUAGUGAUAGUAAAGUGUGGGUGGUGAAGGAAUGAAUUGACAGUCAAUUUUUCAGAAUGGGUUCCAAAUAUUUCGCAUUUCUAGUAGAUGAAAAUCGUAUACGUAUACGAAUGAAGUAGAACAAUUUAGCUUCAGUAUUGAAAAUUACAUAUCAUACGUAUACAUAACUCCUAAAGUCGCAAAUUAUAUAAGAUCUCGGCAACAUACAAAUUUAGUUUUGAAUUUUCGUGUUUGGUGCUUUCCACUGUUAAGCUUUGACCGCGGCACUUCUGAUAAAGCCUAUACUGUGAUGCCUGGAUCCCGUGAAGAUCUCGGCAACCAGUCGGACAGUUAUUUGUGGCGGGGCAUGAUUUUUUACGUGAUAUUGAUUUCAUGUCAUACCGGUUAUAACAAAAAUAAUGGGACAGCUCUGUAUUUUUAAGGUGUUAUGGGACAAGCCCGACAAUUUAGCGCUGUACCGAGAACAGAGGCGUAAGAGCCGCCGUAUCAGCCGUAGCAAUGAUACAUGAUCCCCGGGUUACAGGGGUCCCGAGUGUAUAAGAAAAAACUCGUAAUCUCAUUUAUAAUCUCACGCAAAUUUUUAGGCGGUUCCCCAAGGUAUUAAUUCUCAAAAGCUGAAGCCUUAAAACGUAUCGCUAGAUAAUAGCUAAUAAAUGCUAUUUUUGACCCUCCAGAUUACAACUGCAACAGUACAAAAAAGCUCUUCAAAAUAAAAAGUAAAGUCACCUUCAUCUGAUGGGUGAUUUUGUUAGUAAAUUUUGUGAAAAAACUAGUAUUGCUACUUUCUGCGCAUACACAUAGCCUAUUUUCAAAUUUUCCAUACUUACAAAUUCACCUUGCUAAAGAUUAAGACUUUUGAGCUCCAUACUAAUGUCUUUAACUACUCUGUAGCCUGAAGCUAUCUGGAACAACAAAUUCAAGUUUUCCGAAUGGUACCUCGCUUAAAAUUUGUUUGAUCACGUCAAAAAAGCUGCAGAACAUUGUAAAGCAUACAAGAGCAAAGCUUGGGAAUGAACUGAAGCUGUUCUGUCUUUUGCUCAUAACACUGCUGCUACUUGGAUAAUUUUCAAAUAUACACUCGUAUUACCUACUUUGAAACCGCAUCAUGUCGCUUACGAAAUUUUAUCAGAAUCUGUGCAGCUGUUUCAUAGAUUGCGAAGGUGACAUAAAAAAAUAAUGAAUAAUACUUCGUCAAUACGUAACUAUUUUAUUCAAUGUAAUUAUCUUGACACCGAAUUUUACCGUAAGGUAAGUGGAAAUUUGGGAUUUGUCAUAAUCAGGGAGGGUUCCCGACAAAUUUAGAUACGUCAGCAGCAAGCUACGCAAUUGACCGAGAAAACACCAAUUCACCCGGAUUAAGGAAAAGUUACUAAAGGUCUGAUCUUGAUUUUUUCCUCAGUUCAGUUUCCGCUUAAAGGUGUUGAAAAAGUAACUAUUCGUUGCUCGAGUACUCGUUACUCAUAGAUACCCGAAGUAAUGAUUAUCAAUCCUAGCAUUACUUUGAUUACUGUUUCCCGUAUCGGUACCCGGUUCGCGUAUAAUCGUUGAGCGGCAACGCUGGUUUCUGCUAUCUCAGGCAUCACUGAAGCAUUGCCGCUCAUACAUCAGGGUUACCAGACAUCUCCCGUUCGAGUGGAAACCUGGAAACUCCAAAUUUAAAAACAAUUAUCAAAUUCCGCCAAUUAAAAAAUAUAAGUGUGUACCUAUGUUAUUUACACCGUGACUCAGGUUCCCUCAUAAGAGGGAAUAAUAACAAUAAUGUUGUGAUCUUGGUAACCUGAAAAGAGAUAAGGAGCUGAUUGGAUUGGAGCAGUAUUAUGAGUCAGAAAAGCGACAAUAUGGUAACACCACCGUUCACGAACACCACAAUAAUAAAUAUUAUGUCAAUCUGAUUCGAGUUUACAUGUUCCACAUUUUGCUAAGCAUUUAUAAUUUAUGACCACCAAUGUGUAGACUAAGCUUCACGUAGAAUUUUUUAUACUGGUACAUGCUUAAUUGAUAUGCUUCGAAAAGUUACUUCCCAUUCCGAAUUUCCCCAUAUACAGAUCAUCUUUCUAACUAAAAGACAUGCUUUUUAAGCAUGCCUAGUAAAUACAAAGUAUUUUCAGUUUUUACGCUCAUAUGAGUCCUAUGACACCCUAUCCUAUAAUAACGCGUCUCGUUUUGACUAAAGUUUGAAGAUACGAUGUUUGCAUUAGUUACACGACGCCAAAUCGUUAUGCUCAAACUACUCAUAGUAAUCAAAUUAAUAAAAGUGACGAAUACAAUAAAUGAUUACUUUGUAGAAGAGUGACGGUAGCGAAUAUUCGAAAGUAACGAGAAUCAACAACACUACUACCGCUCGUCGCGGCACGGAACCUAACAUAAAAAAUUCUGUUUGAGUGAACGAUGCAACAAUGUGCAAUAUCGGAAAGUUCGAUUUUUGUCGCACCUGCGAUUCUGCCAAAUAUGACUCCUGAAACUCCCCCUAACGUAAAAAACAUUCUUCACAGUCGUUUUGACCACGUUCGUCGGCAAUUUCGCAUUCUGAUCUAAAGAAAAUUCUUGUCAUAAUGCAACAGUCCGGACAAUGUGAGAUCAAAGUCUCAAAACCAAAACCGCCGGUCAAACCACAAUCAGUAAAACUUUGGUUUGACUGCAAGUCGUACUUAUGCACAUAAAACAAAUUAUCGCACACUUUAAAUAAAUGUGUCAAAAACAUUGUUAAGCUGAAACACUAAAGUUGUAAUAGUAAUAUUCUAGGCUUGGCUGUCAACGCAGUCCUUCACAUUUUGUUGAAAUGAUAUCAAU